UUGUCUAUUGUCAUACAAAAUGGGUUGGGCCAUUUAAAUGAUGAUCACUUAAGUUAACAGAGGCGGACUUUGAAUGCAUUUCAAUCAGAGGCUUGUAGAGACACGGUGCUGAUCUAACAAGUUUAAGAGAACAAAGAAUUGAAGAGACCAAAAUCCAUAGAGGGACAGGUUUGUUUAGAAUGUGAUAUAGAAGCCCAGCUGCUUGAAACUGAUGAUAAAAUGGAAGCGCAAUCAAUAAAAAUAUCUGACGCCAUCCCACAGCAUUCCAACGGAAGCGGAACAAAUCAGGAAAUUACUGCAACACUCCUGCCUAUUGAUCUUGAGAACAAAGAAUGGAAGACACCAAAAUCCAUAGAGGGACUGGUUUGUUUAGAAUGUGAUAUAGAAGCCCAGCUGCUUGAAACUGAUGAUAAAAUGGAAGCGCAAUUAAUAAAAAUAUCUGACGCAAUACCACAGCAUUCCAACGGAAGCGGAACAAAUCAGGAAAUUACUGCAACACUCCUGCCUAUUGAUCUUGAGAACAAAGAAUGGAAGACACCAAAAUCCAUAGAGGGACAGGUUUGUUUAGAAUGUGAUAUAGAAGCCCAGCUGCUUGAAACUGAUGAUAAAAUGGAAGCGCAAUCAAUAAAAAUAUCUGACGCCAUCCCACAGCAUUCCAACGGAAGCGGAACAAAUCAGGAAAUUACUGCAACACUCCUGCCUAUUGAUCUUGAGAACAAAGAAUGGAAGACACCAAAAUCCAUAGAGGGACAGGUUUGUUUAGAAUGUGAUAUAGAAGCCCAGCUGCUUGAAACUGAUGAUAAAAUGGAAGCGCAAUCAAUAAAAAUAUCUGACGCCAUCCCACAGCAUUCCAACGGAAGCGGAACAAAUCAGGAAAUUACUGCAACACUCCUGCCUAUUGAUCUUGAGAACAAAGAAUGGAAGACACCAAAAUCCAUAGAGGGACAGGUUUGUUUAGAAUGUGACAUAGAAGCCCAGCUGCUCGAAACUGAUGAUAAAAUGGAAGCGCAAUCAAUAAAAAUAUCUGACGCCAUCCCACAGCAUUCCAACGGAAGCGGAACAAAUCAGGAAAUUACUGCAACACUCCUGCCUAUUGAUCUUGAAACAAAAGGAGCAUACGCAAUUGCAAACUCUCCAACAUCUGAGGAAAACACAACCACAGAAGAAUCAUUUUCCCAGGCUCAAACACCUGUCAAAUACAACCUUCCUGUUUCUGUCAGUUUACGUCAAAGGAUAAAUUUGAGAAUGUCGAAAUAUAAAAAUCUGUUGUUCAUUACUAGCUGUAUCAAAACAGGCAAUACAUUAGUGUUUACCGACACUGAUAAUAACCGACUUAUUAUUUGUAAUGUAGACGGUACUGAUAUCCAUCACAUUCCUCUGCCCUAUAAACCAUAUUAUAUGACAAUGAUAGAUAGUAAUACUGUAGCAGUAUCCUAUAGAUAUAACUGGACCAUACCGAUAAUAAAUAUAUCUACACGUUCUGUCAUUCGUACAAUCUACACCCGUACUGUCUUCCAGGGAAUAUCAUAUCAUGAGAAUAACCUGUACUUUGGUAUUGGUAAGAGAACAAUACAGGUGAUGAACCUGACAGAUGAAGUAAUACGUACUAUAUCGGUACCUUCACGCGGUAUCUUCGACAUUACAGUAGACAGAGACAGGUUGGUUUAUACAGACAUUAGAUCAAUAUACUGCUACUCGUUAGAUGGUGAACGAAUUUGGGUUACUGCAAAGGAUGAUAACACUGAAAAUUUCCGUCGUGUGACAACAGAUAACAAAGGGAAUGUAUAUGCGACUAAUACUGAUACCCACACUGUAGAAAUCAUAUAUGACAAAGGCCAACAGCAAAGAAAACUUCUAAAUUUAUCAGAUGGAAUCUACAAGCCCUAUGGAAUCUUUUUUGACAAAGAAGAAAAUAUUCUUGUUGUUUGUAGUGCUAAAUUCGGACUUGUGAAUCUUUUUGAUGUAAAAGAUAAAUAGACAAAAAUAUUACUCUCAGACAAUGAGUUAAUUCAGACUCUGAUAUAAUUGUGAAAUUAAUGUAACAUUACCAAAUUUGCACGGAGUACCCAAAUUGCAUCUUUUUAACAGAAAGAGCAUCAUUAUUCUUGCAUGUUUUCUUCUGGACUAAAACGUUUUUCCUUUAUUUUAUUUGACAUUAUGCACAUCUUUCAGAUAGGUAUAUUUGUUUAAAAAUUCACAAAACGUUCACACUAUAUAUCAACAGAUAAAUCAUUCUUUAUUACGGAGUCAUGGAUCGUUUAGAGGUCGGUUUAGGCUAAAAAAUUUCAAGGAUUCAAUAUGGAUUAAAAACUAAAUUGGUUAAACUGUCUUAAAUGUUUUGUUUGUGAUACUUUUUACUUGCUAUGAAACAUGUGAAAUGAUUCAUAAUAAAUACUAAAGAUCUGUACUAAGGCUAAGGAAAACUGCAUGUUAUAUGUAAGCGAGAACAGAAUUUGGUAGAUUUCUAUGGCUUUAUUCAUUAAGCUAUAUAAAUGUUUUUAAAUUAUAUACCAAUGAUAUUAAUCCUAUUUUUGUAUAUAUAUGUUUGUCUCAGAUCAUGUUUUUCAUUUAUAUGGCAAGAACAGUAUUUGAUAUUAGUUUGUUAAAGAGGCUUUUCAAUUAAAUAUGUCACUGCAUAAUGAUGGUUAUACAUCUCCUUCAAAUAUAUUGAAAGAGACCGAAUGUUAUGCUGAAGAUCUUGAAAAUUAUGAUAAACUUUACAAUAAAUUUAAGUAUUCCUUUAAGAUAAAGCAAACAGAUAUCACAUUCGGGAGAUGGUGAAUACCAUUUUUUUCUCAAUUGUAAAUUAAACCCAACUUAAUAAACAAAUGCUUCUUUUCAAAGAUUAAUAGUUUUUACUCUGAUGAUACAAAUUAUCAAACCCUUUCACAGCUAAAAUAACUUUAAAAUCCUGAAUUUGAGCUUUUGAGAGAAAAGAGUAAAACCAAACAAAUACUGAACUCAGACGAAAAUUCGAAACGGAAAUUUCAUAAUAAAAUGGCAAAAUUAAAUGAUAAAUCACACCACACGAAUGAACAACUACUGUCAUAUUCCUUACUUGGUACAAGUAUUUUCAAAUGGUGGAUUUUACCUUUAUUUAUAGCUCUAAACCUCUCACUUUUACGACAGUCGUAUCAAUUUCCAUAGUAUUGACAAUGAUGCGUGAACAAAAUGUCACAAAUAGGGGUACAAAAACAACACGAAUCCCAUCAAUAAUUAGGGGGGAUUUCAGGGUGCCCCGGAAGUAGAAACAAAUCCUGCUUCACAUGUGGCACCCGUCUUAUUGCUCAUACUGUUACAAAGCCGGUGAAUAGUCUAAGUUUGUAGGUCACACUUAUGAAAAGGGAAGGGGAUUGUAGUUAAGACACAAGAAACAUAUCCGACAUCAUCUUUAAAACGUAUAUUCCAUAAUGGUCAACCAACUCGUGAUGGCGUCCGUAAUAUUUACGAAUUGAUAAUUACAAGUUCACCAUUUGGAUUUAUUGGUUUAAAAAUAAAAAGGUCACAAUAGAGAAGCUGAAAUUCGAAAAAAAAAUGUUUUCACCCGACCCGCAGAAGUUGUUGACUUAAAUUGCGAAAGUUGUAUUCCCAUUUAUAUCUAUGUUUAUUUAUGUUGCAACUUGUAGUUCUUUACUUUCUGUUUUAUGUUUAUUUAAAUUUGUGUUUGCUUUAUCCAUAUGUGUGUGUUGUGCAAAUAAAAGUAUUAUAUCAUAUAAAAGGAUACUUAAACAAAAUUUAAAAAAAAACUUCGGAUGAACAGAUCUUACAUUGUUAGUUUGAUGUUUAAACGAAUUAAAUAUACAGAAUGUACACAGCCAUGUAUCACAAUCACUGGUGGUUUAUUAAGAAUUAAUUUCUCGCACUUAAUGCCUGGGGUUUACAGAAUACUGGACAAAAAUAAAGAAUGUAGGGGACA